CGGAUUGCUGUCGUAGCCUGACCACUGUCAACUCUGUUUACCUGAAGUGUCCUUUUACCCCCGGAUCAUGACUAGACCUCUCCACCGCCCUCGUCAUUAGAGUUUCUGAAUACUGUACCCAACUCUACUUUAAUUAUUCUCUGGACUGUUCGAACGACGAUGGAUACCAGCGAACCGAUAUCACUCCUUUCUCCUAUCGGCUAUCAUACGGGUUCUUGCGGAUAUUGCAAAGGUUAUUCUUCAAGUGGAUCGUACUAUGUGAAGGCGAAAUCAAUUUCUGCCGCUGAUUACCAGAGUCUCCUCCAUAGGGGUUGGCGUAGAUCGGGUAAUCUCCUGUAUGUGCCAGAUGCACGCCACUCGUGCUGUCCGCAUCAUACGCUUCGCCUACCGGUCAAAAAAUACAAGGCGUCGCGCGAUCAUCGGCAGACGCUAAACAGAUGGAACCGCUUUAUUCUGGGCGAAGAGUAUGAGAAAGAGGCUGCACGGCUGCAGCCAAAGUCGAAACAUUCUAGAGACAAGUCGAAGCAGCACCAAGGGUUCGACUUGGUUUACACUAUACAUGCCACGGAAUAUGCUAGCCUCCCCGAGACGCCCGAGCCCAGUCAUCGCUUCGAAGUGACACUGGAAUCAAACACCUUUACUGAAGUGAAGUACCUCCUGUACGAGCAGUAUCAGCGGCAUGUGCAUCAGGAAGAGCCCUCCGAGAUCUCCCGCGACGGCUUCAUACGCUUCCUCUGCACUUCUCCGCUCAAGGCACCUUCGACGUCACAUCCAGCCUCACACUCUGGGGAUCAACAUUCGCUCGCAUCGAAACCUGCGCAACGAUUGGGUAGUUAUCACGCCUGCUACUGGGUGGAUGGAAGGCUCAUUGCACUUGGUGUCUUGGAUUUCCUUCCCCAAGGGAUUAGCUCUGUCUAUUUCUUGUAUCACCCUGACUUUUCAAAGUGGAGCCUUGGCAAAGUCGGUGCUUUGAGAGAAAUAGCCAUGACUCUUGAGGAAGGGCUAGAAUAUUACUACAUGGGUUACAUCAUUUGGAGUUGUGACAAGAUGCGUUACAAGGCAGACUACAAGCCGCAGGAGGUCAUGAUGUGGAGGACAGGAGGUUGGAGGGAGAUGGCUGACGCGCAGGGAAUCAAGGACGCAGAAACUCAGCAAGCGAAGAUCGGAAACGUGGAGGGAAAGAAGGGAUUCGAUUCUCCCAUCCUAGCCUGCGAGGCUCUGGAAGAAGGGCCGCUGUCACUUUUCGAGAUGGACUUCCCAGGCAUGAUGACCGCGGAUGAGGUGCAGGAGAAGGUCGACAUGGGCAAGAUCCACGUUCGACUACCUUACCAGAAUCAGCGCCUGGUGGUGGACGCGGAGGAUCUGGCCACCUGGGAGAGUAGCGACAUGCUGGAUCGCUCGUCGAUAAAAGGCAUCAUCGGAGAAAUGGCCGCGCUCGUGGGCCCGGAGGUCGCAAAGAACAUGGUUGUAGACUUCACAGCAGGCUAAACAUUUCACAUGUCCACCGUCCAGCAUUCGUUAGAGAGGUGAUCUAACCAACACUGAUUAAUACAGUAAAUGACGCAGUGGAUCGCAGCUGUGAAGUGUAAUUUCACUGAUAGUGACUCAAUCCCAGCGAGAGUCUGACAUAUAAA